AAGCAAAUUACUGUUAGUCUAUACUCGAUUUCCCAUUGAAACAGUUUUUUCCCUGACAAUUUUCAGUGAGGAUAAACGGUCAAACUUUGGACAGUUGACAAACACAUCUAGAAAAGUCGAAACAGUUUACGAAGUGUUAAUCAAAGUCAUCAAGUUAACCUAGAAACAGGAUAAAAAAGGUAAUUGUUAUUCAGUAAAGUCAAUUAAUAUCAAUGCUGUGAUUAUAUGUUUAACUUGACCAACCUUAGACAACAUUAAAACCUAAACUGAACCAAGAACCACGAAGGUUAAUCUUUGCACUCAAGUGAUCUUCAAAUUGAUACAAUUAAUUGUUACCAUCAACAUAACCAUUAAGUGGUGUUAAAAAAACAUUUGAAAACCCAAAACGGAUAAGUUUACCAGCGGAAACAGUAACCUGAAAAGGCGAACCUUUCCAAUCCAAAAUGGCCAAUUAGAUUGAAUUAAUCGAUUUGGAAUGUUUCGAGCUUCUGAUUCUGUAUGGUUUACAAGUUCGUUUAUCUGGUUUCCCUUUUCUUGGAUUGUUCAGUUGGAGGAAGGAGAAAGCUGUAUGGUUUUCAUGAUAAUUUAAUGGUGGAUAAAAUUGCUCUAAUCAACUCUUCCAUUUUAGUGAUUAAUCUGUUGUAAUUGAGAUUGAUCCAGUUUCUGUGUGAAGUAACGUUGUGCCAACAGGGAAAAUCAGAUGCGAUUGGACAAAGUUUCAAGUUUACUUUCAAGUUGCCAAGUUGACAGAUAAAGAUUAUCACUUGGAUCCAUCUGAAUAGGAAAUGGGUGAACUUGGAGGAGGAAAAGUUGGAGAAACAAAAAGAUUCUAAUGAUGACGAUUAUCAUUUUAUCGGCAACAAUAGAAGCAGCAAUAAACUAAUUUGUGUUUCCACAAAAAAUCAACAAGGAAAUGAGCACUUGAAAUGUGUGUUGUGUGUUCAGAGUUUCCAAAGAAUUGGGGAAAAAGUUCAAUUAUCUGCUAAUAAUACUAAUGCUUGAAGAGAGAGUAAAGGCCAAAAUUGGGAAAAGAAAAGUUGAAACGUUGAACGUUUUUACUCAUAUUCAGUUGGAACCAUUUACUCUCUGAAUCUUGUUGUCUUCCCAUUAAAUGAUUACAACAGGUUGAAACAACUCUACUUAUCAAUUAUCGAUACAAUAUUUACAUGCAACACUUUUCCCUGACAUUGUUUUCCAUUCACUUUUACCACUCAAAAUCCAAAGGCUGGGAGUGAAAAUGUUAUCUUGAAACACAGCAAGAUUGUGAUAAGUGUUCAAAUGGUGAAUCAUGAACCAUCCAUGGAAUGAAAAAGAUUUUCGUGUUUCUGUGAACAAUUGGAUUAAAAAUUUCUACUCUUGUGCCAUCAUUGUGAACAGUCGAAAGUGAAUUUUAAAAGUCAAGUUCUCAUCGUUUGCCAUUGUUGGUCCAAAGCUCAACCUAUUUUUUGCCCUUCUUUUCGCUUCUCUUUCAUCAUGAGUUCGACUUCAAGUCAACCUUCAAGCACACCUUUGCCCGUCACGGUGUCGACCUUUUCAUCAAAUGGCGACACUGAAAUGGAAACUUUGCUAGGGUUGAUUAAAAAUCUUUCCCUGCUCGACUUUUCGAUGGUCAAUUUGUCCAAUAGUGGGCUGAUUAGUUUAAAAAAUUAUACUCUUUUCAACAACAUAACUCUUUCAUUGGACAUUGAAAAGCCGUUUGCAAGGCGAACCGAACUGGACGAUGAUUACCUUGAACAUCGCCCGGCACUCCAAGUAUUCUUUUAUUGCCUCUAUGCGCUAAUCUUUCUCGUCGGAAUUUGUGGCAACACACUUGUUUGUUAUGUAGUCUUUCGUAACAAGCAAAUGCACACCGUGACAAACCUUUUCAUCACCAACCUGGCUUUAUCGGACAUCUUGUUGUGCAUCUUUUCCGUGCCCAUAACGCCCUUGUAUCUCAUUUUUUACAAGGAAUGGGUCUUCGGUAGGAUAUUGUGUCACCUUGUUCCCUAUGCUCAAGGAGUUUCCGUGUACAUUUCAGCAUUCACCUUAAUGUCCAUAGCAAUUGAUCGAUUUUUUGUCAUCAUUUAUCCCUUUAAACCGCGAAUGCGAAUCAACGUUUGCCUAACCAUAAUCACCUUUGUCUGGAUCUCGGCCGCUCUCUUGACCCUUCCAUACGGACUUUUUGUUAAAAUGGCUUCUGAUCAAGAUGAACGCUGGUUGUGCGACGAGUUUUGGCCCGUUGAAGAGUCACGUAAAGCUUUUGGCUUUUCAACCAGCGUGUUACAGUUUGUUAUACCUUUUACCAUAAUAACCUUUUGUUAUAUUCGAGUUUGCGGUAAACUUCGAGAUCGAGCUCGAUCCAAGCCGGGAGAAAAGUCGGUUAAAAAGGAUGAAAUUGAAAGGGAACGAACCAAGCGAACUAAUCGCAUGUUGAUAGCCAUGGUGGCCAUAUUUGGAAUCUCGUGGUUACCCUUGAAUAUACACAAUUUGGUCACUGAUUUUUAUAUUCCAGCCUCAGAGUGGCGAUACUUUAAGCCUUUCUUUUUCCUUGUCCAUGCCGUGGCCAUGUCGUCCACCUGUUACAAUCCCUUUUUAUAUGCGUGGUUGAAUGAAAAUUUUAGAAAAGAGUUUAAACAAGUUCUUCCCUGUUAUACCAAUUCAGGGCCACCCUUUUCCUAUCGUCGAGGUACUUCGGUUGCCGGUGCCGGCCUUUUACCAGCCAAUGGGCAAGAAGGUGAAGGUGCCUGUAAAACGAAUGAAACCAUGUUAAUCGGUAAUAAUCGAGAUUCAGCCAAAUCAGACAAAACUUGUAACGGCCAUGAGCUUAUCCAUCGUACCUGUGAUUCACAAAAAUCCUGCCUCACCGCUGGUCAAGAUGAGAAUGAGCAAGACAAUGAUGAUGAUGAAAAGCGACCAAUAACAACAGCAACCAUGGAAACUAAACUGGGUAAAGAGAUAGUUUCAAUGCCAACCUCGUUACCGUUGAGUCCAACAAAUACAAUGUCUAGUUUAACGACAACGCCAACCACCAAAACUGUGGAAGGUUCACUUUUCUCGGACCAGCUCAAUACCAAGGAAGAGUUUAAUCGCGAGUCAAUCGAGUUGACUGAGCAACAACAGUGUUCAAACAAAAAAGUAAACCCAAGCUGUUCACUGUUGGGCACACGAGCGGUAACCUCAUUGACUUACAAUUCAGACUCUGAUACCGUUCGAUCAGCUCUCGGUGAUUCAGUUGCUUCUCAAGUUGUGUAGCUGUGUGAACCAAGUGUCGACUCAAUCUCAAGCUAUCGUCAAGUGAUACUCGGCCAACGAGGUGAAAAGUGAAACGCGGCUAGCGUCAAUGAUAGUAUUUUACGCCAACUAACGUUAUAUUUACUCGCAACUCGAGUUUAUUUGUUUUGUUUUCGCUUCUCGUUCUCGAAUCUGUUGAUAAUCGCAGAUAUUCACAAAUGUUCAACAUUUAUUUCCAUUUUGUGACAAGAAUAAAAAUUGUUCAUCUGUUGUACAGUUAUUGAUACAUAAACGCAAUUAAUAUUAUUGUUAAUACCGACAAAACCAAUAAAUGUCUAUAGCUUAUUAUUGAAA